UGGACAACCUCAGUAUUUUCCUGCUGUCUCCUAGUCAGCCGUGCUUCAUGAAAUGGAAUGAAGCUGAAAAAUCACCUGCUUUUUUGUGAAUCUGAAGGAAGAUUGGGAUGAUCUCAAGUAACUAGACUCUAACUGCAGCGAUGAGUUCAGACGAGAAGGGUGUGUCGCCUGCUCAUAAAACAUCCACUCCAACCCAUAGAAGUGCCUCCUCUUCAACAUCCUCCCAGAGGGACAGUAGGCAGAGUAUCCACAUCUUGGAGAGAACAGCGUCCUCUAGCACCGAGCCCUCUGUAAGUCGGCAGUUGCUAGAACCGGAGCCCAUCCCCCUCUCCAAGGAAGCUGACAGCUGGGAAAUUAUAGAAGGGCUGAAAAUAGGUCAAACUAAUGUCCAGAAACCAGACAAACACGAAGGCUUUAUGUUGAAGAAGAGAAAAUGGCCUUUAAAAGGCUGGCACAAGCGUUUUUUUGUCCUGGAUAAUGGAAUGUUAAAGUAUUCAAAGGCACCACUUGAUAUUCAAAAAGGGAAGGUCCAUGGGAGCAUAGAUGUCGGACUAUCUGUGAUGUCAAUUAAAAAGAAAGCAAGGAGAAUAGACCUUGACACGGAAGAGCACAUCUACCAUUUGAAGGUGAAGUCCCAGGACUGGUUUGAUGCCUGGGUUUCCAAGCUGCGCCAUCAUCGGCUGUACCGUCAGAAUGAAAUUGUGAGAUCACCAAGAGAUGCUAGUUUUCACAUAUUUCCUGCAACUUCCACAGCAGAGUCCUCCCCAGCUGCUAAUGUUUCUGUUGUUGAUGGAAAGGUGCAACCAAACAACUUUCCUUGGCAGUCUCCUCUGCCAUGUAGCAAUAGCCUCCCUGCAACCUGUACAACUGGCCAGAGCAAAGUGGCAGCCUGGUUACAGGACUCGGAAGAAAUGGACAGGUGUGCAGAAGAUCUUGCACACUGCCAGUCUAACCUUGUGGAACUUAGCAAACUCCUGCAAAACUUGGAAAUACUUCAGAGAACUCAGUCAGCACCAAACUUUACUGACAUGCAGGCUAACUGUGUAGAUAUUUCAAAGAAAGACAAGCGGGUCACAAGACGCUGGAGAACAAAAAGUGUCAGCAAAGAUACAAAAAUACAACUGCAGGAAGGGCCACCCGCGAAGGGCCAGUUCAGCACAACUCGGCGCCGGCAGAGGCUAGCAGCAGCAGUGGCUACAACAGUUCCUUUCAGUGCCACCAUGUCACCAGUUCGCUUGCAUUCCUCCAACCCCAACCUUUGUGCAGAUAUUGAAUUUCAGACUCCCCCCAGCCACCUCACUGACCCUCUGGAAAGUUCAACAGAUUAUACAAAGCUUCAAGAAGAAUUUUGUCUCAUUGCACAGAAAGUACAUUCUCUUUUGAAGUCUGCAUUUAAUAGCAUAGCUAUUGAGAAAGAGAAGCUGAAGCAGAUGGUUUCUGAGCAGGAUCACAAUAAAGGCCACAGCUCGCAGAUGGCCCGGCUCCGACAGUCACUGUCUCAGGCACUCAACCAGAACGCUGAAUUAAGGAGUCGGUUGAACAGAAUACACUCAGAGUCUAUUAUUUGUGAUCAGGUUGUCAGUGUAAAUAUUAUUCCUAGCCCUGAUGAGCCUGGUGAGCAAAUCCACGUCAGUCUCCCCCUUUCACAGCAAGUAGCCAAUGAGAGCCGCCUCUCCAUGUCAGAGUCUGUGUCUGAGUUCUUCGAUGCUCAAGAGGUGCUCCUCUCUGCAAGUUCAUCAGAGAAUGAGGCUUCAGAUGACGAGUCUUACAUCAGCGAUGUGAGCGAUAAUAUAUCUGAAGACAACACCAGUGUUGCGGACAAUAUUUCUCGGCAAAUCCUGAAUGGGGAGCUCACAGGAGGCGCCUUCAGAAAUGGCCGUCGCACCUGCCUGCCUGCUCCUUGUCCUGACACUAGUAACAUCAACCUGUGGAAUAUCUUGAGAAACAACAUCGGUAAAGACCUGUCGAAAGUCUCGAUGCCUGUGGAGCUCAACGAGCCGCUCAACACCCUGCAGCAUCUCUGUGAGGAAAUUGAAUACAGUGAGCUGCUGGACAAGGCCUCAGAGACUGAUGAUCCCUACGAGCGCAUGGUUCUCGUUGCUGCGUUUGCAGUUUCAGGAUAUUGCUCCACCUACUUCAGAGCAGGAAGUAAGCCAUUCAACCCAGUCCUUGGGGAGACUUAUGAAUGCAUUAGAGAAGACAAAGGAUUCCGAUUUUUCUCAGAACAAGUUAGCCAUCAUCCACCCAUUUCUGCCUGUCACUGUGAAUCAAAGAAUUUUGUGUUUUGGCAAGAUAUCAGAUGGAAAAACAAGUUCUGGGGGAAGUCCAUGGAAAUCCUGCCAGUUGGAACACUGAAUGUCAUGCUUCCAAAGUAUGGAGAUUACUAUGUGUGGAACAAGGUGACCACAUGCAUUCACAACAUCCUCAGUGGGAGGAGAUGGAUAGAGCAUUAUGGAGAAAUAACAAUUAGAAAUACCAAAAGCAGCGUUUGCAUUUGCAAACUCACAUUUGUCAAGGUGAAUUAUUGGAAUUCCAACGUGAAUGAAGUCCAGGGGGUUGUGAUGGAUCAGGAAGGAAAGGUAGUGCACCGGCUGUUUGGGAAGUGGCACGAAGGUCUCUAUUGUGGUGUGGCCCCCUCUGCAAAGUGCAUCUGGAGACCAGGUUCCAUGCCAACCAACUAUGAGCUCUACUAUGGCUUCACACGGUUUGCUAUUGAGCUCAAUGAGUUAGAUCCUGUACUAAAAGAUCUCCUUCCACCGACAGACGCCCGGUUUCGGCCAGAUCAAAGAUUUUUGGAAGAAGGGAAUUUGGAAGCUGCAGCGGCAGAGAAGCAAAGAGUAGAGGAACUCCAGAGAUCUCGAAGACGAUAUAUGGAAGAAAACAACCUUGAACAUAUACCAAAAUUUUUUAAAAAAGUUAUUGAUGCAAAUCAAAGAGAAGCCUGGGUUUCCAACGACACCUACUGGGAGCUUCGAAAGGACCCUGGGUUUAGCAAAGUAGACAGCCCUGUUCUCUGGUAAACUGGGAACGUAGAGCUAGCCCACAUAUCACACUCUGAAUGAAUAAAUAACUAUGCACAAUUAUGUUUCUUAUAGCUACGCGUGGUUUCUGGGUCGACUGAAAACCUACCAUUUGCUUUUCUAUUCAUCUUUAUAAUGGACUUUCAAAAGUGCAUUAGACAAGGCCCCUAACCACUUUUGGAUCCUUUCUGUUUUGCUGCAACCAUAUUCCUUAAAACAAAAAACAAAGCAAGUCUACACCCGUCUCAGAAAGCAGAAUAAAAAGGAGCAGAGUACAAAAUCCAAAGUCUGAAGAAUUUGUAAAGAAAAAAAAAACAAAAAACUGUAACCGGUGCUUAAAGCUGAUCAAGAAAGUAAAAACAACACACAAACCACAUGUUUGGUCCAUUGUCCGGAAGCACCAUCCCCUUGUCACAGGAGCUCCUGGGCCCCAGCAGUUGGUUGGUUCAGACUUCAAGUAAUUUUUGAUGUGGUGUGCUUGUGGCUGGCCUCCUUAUAAAAGACAUGAUGCUUCCCAGAACCUGUUCCAUCUGUAUGCCAUUGUUCAUGCCUUAAAAAAUGCAAAGAUGUACAAUAAACCAUUUUUUAAAUGUGUACUCAUAGGUUUAUGUGAAGGACAGAUCUUUUGAAUCAUGGCAUGAUUCACUUUCUCAAUCAGAACAAUGAUUUGACUGACACGUGGACUGAAAAUUGAACAACACGUACGUUACAUUGACACGUCAGUUACCAUCUGGUGUAUCUGAAGGUCAAGAAGGAAAAGGUGCGCUAAGUAGAUCUCUGUAUUCACGUUGCUCGUUAAGUUCCUGUCCUGCGUUCAGAUAAUAAACCAUCCCUCUUCCACCUAA